AUGCUCGAAUUCACGUCUCACAAACUCUUGGUCUUUGACGUCUAUGGGACACUCGUUGACUGGGAAUCCGGAAUAUACAACAGUCUCAGGAAGCUCUUUCCCGAGGACACUCCAAGAGAGGAGGUGUUGGAGAAAUACGCUGCUGCGGAACUAGAUCUACAAAUGAAAGAUCCGAGCGUAACAUACUCGAAGAUCCUCGAUCUCGCUUGGGUCCAGCUCAGUGGUCAAGCUAACACGAGUCUUGAACCAGCUGCAGUCACGGAAGAAGAGGAGAGGAUUUGGGCAUCUAGUUCAGCGGUCGCUCAACAACUCCAAGGCUUAGAUCUGGCUUCCUCAACGCCACCAGCAAGUGAUGCUGAACGCUUCGGAGCUUCCAUACCCACGUGGCAGCCAUUUGAAGACACCGUCCAAGCCCUCCAUAGACUGAAGGAGCACUUUGCGCUAGUGGUUCUCUCCAACGUAGACAACAAAAGUUUUGAAGGCACACAUGAGUUGCUGAAAUCCCAAACCCUUGAAGCACGCAAUAGCAGAUACCCGACCGUGACCCCUGACUCCCCCUUCUCACUCAUCCUCACCGCUCAGCAACUUAAUGCGUAUAAACCAGACUUGAAGGUGCUGGAAACUGCACUCCAGCAAGUGUCAUCCGUGCCUCGCUUCAACUUACCGCAUCCCAGCCCCCCCUGGGCUGUGGAAGCAUGCGAAGUGCUUGUAGUAGCAAACUCGCUUCUGCAUGAUAUAGAGCCCGCAAAUCUUCACAAUCUCAACAGUGUGUGGAUUUCGCGCCAUGAGAAGAAUAUUAUCGGAACCAAACCCGAUUUGAAGGAGCGAGGGGCGUGGACAUGGAGGUUUGAAACUUUAGGUGAUCUGGCAGAUGCGGUGGACCAGGAGGUUAAAGAAAAGAAAUGCGUGGCCGCGGCGCUACGUGAACUUUAGGUUGAUAUAGUUGGACCCUUUGACUGGUGGUGAUGUACGAGAUGGGGUACAGGUGUGCCAUGAUUCUAUUGUAUAGCGGACAUCGGCUUGAAAGAAGUUGAAAGGCAUUCUUGAUCCAGACUGAGCGGGCUAUCCAGACAUUAAAGGUUCUUGUCUUCCGUCAAGAAGAUGAUGACUAGAGUGUCAAGCGAGACUUGCAACAGGAAUAGAUGAUCUCUUCCUUUCUCAUUAUUGACACUUGAGCAGUGAGCACUGCCAAUUUUGAAUAAGUUGAUACUUGAACUUCUGUUUGAUCUUGUUUCAACAAAUCAGGCAGACUAUAGUCCGGCCGAGCGCAUUCGAGCCCCGCCUUUGCUCGGUGUGAGUCAACUACCUAUGUCGCUUGAGCGGGAGCCCCAGUUCUUUGAAUUACGUUGUUCGGUCUCUGUUGUAUUUAAAUUCAUUCCUAUC